GUUACAUCCGUUUUCCUGAUCCCCACAUGUGACGUUGAGAGGUGCGUAUUUCACCUUUAACCUGAUUCCCAGAAUGGAAAUGAAGCGCACAGCGCUGCGCGUAAAAGAACGCGUCCUCGUUGAUCAGAUAACAUCCACAUCAGCUCCUCCAUAUCUCCCUCUGCGAGCCAUUCUCCACAAACCGGGAGAUAAAGAGGAUCCCUAGCGCAGAUGUAUCAGUUCAGAUGAUCUUUGAUCGACUUUUUUAGGAAACCUAGGUGUCCACUGCUUUUCUCCCGCUUUAUCCGAACAGAUCCAACUGGACCGAUGGUCGUACAGUACAUUUGUCCCGCUCCGCUCCUCAUCCCUGACAGUCCGAGGAGCUCAACGCGCCCAGAUCGGACUUUGUGACUCGAUGUGUUGGACAGCCAGCGGUAUCACCGGACACUUUGGCCUAAAUGUUCUAUUUUAAUGUAAGAAAAUGAACUUUUAAAGUUCUUGGCAUGGAAUGACGCGCCGACAUUUUCAUGUGUCCAUGGUGUAGUGAUCUCAUGACUUCAUCGUGACCGAAGCCCGUCCAGCCCCUCAGUCCGUCCUCCUGCUGGGGAAACCCUGUUUCCCUGUGGUUUACAGCAGAGACGCCCCUUUUCUGUCUCUCAUUGUGUAAGAGGCCAUUAACCAGGUUUCCCUGCACCACCAUGGCAGCUGCUCCAGAUGCUCAGUGCCUGUCACAGCUCAGUGGACUCAGCCGGAACAUCACUUUCAUCUCUGGCACCCAACCCUGCAACCGCAGCACCGUCAGGACCUCGCCUUACACCCCGCAGGCCACCGCAGCCUUUGCCAUCUCCAUCACCUUCAUGAUGGUCCUGACCAUCGUUGGGAACAUCCUGGUCAUCAUUGCUGUCCUGACGUCCCGGUCCCUGAAGGGGGCUCAGAACCUUUUCCUGGUGUCUCUGGCUGCAGCAGAUAUUUUAGUGGCCACACUCAUUAUUCCCUUCUCAUUGGCUAAUGAGCUACAGGGCUACUGGGCAUUUAGCUCCAUUUGGUGUGAGAUUUACCUGGCGCUGGAUGUUCUCUUCUGUACCUCCUCUAUUGUGCACCUGUGUGCAAUAGCUCUGGACCGCUAUCUGUCCAUCUCUCAGCCAGUGUCCUAUGGCGCCAAACGUAGUCCCUCACGCAUCAAGGCAGCCAUCAUCGUUGUUGAAAAAAAAUGUGAACUAAACAGUGAGCGCUGGUACAUUCUCUACUCCACCAUUGGCUCAUUCUUUGCCCCCUGUGUGAUAAUGAUUCUGGUUUAUGUGAGGAUUUAUCAGAUCGCUAAGCAGCACACUCGCUGCCCGCCAGGACAGAAGUAUAACGUGGUGGCAGGGAAAGAUGCCAGCAUGGCAACCAAUGAGCCUGCCGCCAAGUUAUCGGAUCAGUCCCAGCAGAACGGGGAUCAAGGAGGAAUGACUGCCAGCCAACGAGAAAAAGUCCGGACCAAAAUGUCUGGAUCAGACUCCACCCCGUCACUUCGGAAAUUGCCUGAGAACACCACAAGCCAGGAUGCCCAGCACUACCUUCCUCAUCCAAGUACGGCUCCGGUCCAGAAGUCCUCCUCCUCUUCAAUCCCCCAGUGUGACAGCCAGAUCCUCUCAGCUGUUCCCCACAAAGAGCCCCAGAAAUAUGCAGACGGAGGGGAGGUGCUUAACGACAACAUGUCCAGCUCUGGCUCUGAGCUGGAUGUGGGUGAGGAAGGUGUUCUCAGAGAGGACAGCAAAGAAGAGGCCCACAAACCUGACAAGCAGACUUUGGGAUUACCCCAAAGCAAAAGGUUCAAAGUUCAGGUGCUAAACCUGGCCUACAGAUACAAAAACACUAUGGCCACAUCAUCUGGCACCAAACUGGUACCCGAGGGGACACUUACCAUUCAGGGGACGCCCAUGUGCCGCCGUAAAGCCAUGGUGAACAGGGAGAAGAGGUUCACCUUCGUCUUGGCUGUGGUGAUGGGAGUGUUUGUGAUCUGCUGGUUCCCUUUCUUCUUGUCUUACUCUCUUCAGGCGGUGUGUCCUGAAACCUGCAGCAUCCCCAACCCCUUGUUCAAAUUCUUCUUUUGGAUUGGCUACUGCAACUCCUGCCUCAACCCAGUCAUAUACACAAUCUUCAACAAGGAUUUCAGGAAGGCCUUCAAGAGGAUACUGUGCAGGGACACGAAGGGUACGUUCUUCUAGAGGGGAAAGUUUUUAGUGGUUUGGUGUUUGACCUGCUCAGCGGACAAGGAGCCCUUUGAAACAUGACUUCUUGUUUCUGUACUUUUUGUGUUUGACCAGGAUUGACCUUCUGCUGUGCCACAUAAACACUUGUACAUUAAGGAGGACACUGUGUCCAUUUUCUCUUCUCCUUGUGCUUCUGUUAGCUGAGUCACAGCUGCACUGACAAAGGAGGACAUUUCAGAAAGUCACAGUCAAAUGGCCGAAUCAAUUAUCUGUAAUGACAUUUAAGAAUAAAACAGUGACUCUGAGGAAGAAUGAUUCGAUUACAUUUGGUAACAGAAGUCAAGAGCAUACAGGGUCUGUGUUUAGUAAUUUAAAGCACAAACAGAACUACGACAGUGUGUGUGUUUGCAUGGGCACAGAGGAUCGUUGCCUGAGGGUCUUACUGGAACAGAACAAAGAUCACUAAGUGUCCUUUAUUGGAGAUAAAACGGACAGUCAAGGAACAAGAUCAGGAAAAAUGUGAGCAUCCUCGUCUGUGCCUCCGCCUCUCGCUCGUUCCUUCCCUUAUUUCUGCCUGUGACUUUGGACGUGAUGAUGGAUAGAGCCUUUUGUCUCCAUGACCCUCUGGUGUCACGCCUCUCUCUGGGAGCUGCUGAUUCAGAUGAAGACCAGAGGCUUUACAAAAAGAAACGCUCCGUGUGAAUGUGAUACUUUGGAGAUGAACUGUUUGCACACACACACCAAGCUUCACUCCUUCCCCUUUAAUGUCACGUUUUUUCUCAGUGCAUGUGUUGAGGCUUCAGCUCCAGGUCUGUUUUCACAGGGUUUCUCCAAACUGUCAGUUUUUUAAACCCAUUUUAAUACUGUAAAGAAUGAAAUUUAAUACCUUUUCCACUGUUGACGAAUGAUGGCCUGCACCUAUUUAUGAAGAAUAUGAAUUUAUAGACAUUUACUGUGUAUCAUGUUGACCUACCAGCUGUACACAACAAUAAUAGUAACACAGUCCACAGGUUAAAGUGAUGUGGGCCCAUGUAUGGAUUACUAAAAGACUACAAAUACAGACAGUACUGUCACCACUAAGAUACAUAAUAUGACUGUAAAUAACAUUUUUGUGUCUCUUUCAGUGCGGGGGUUUUAUGUGGGGGAGGGGAGCUCGUCUGCUCAUCAAUUAGUUUAAUCUGUCACUUGUGCGUUAUGGAUUGACGAGACUCUACUAACUGUCUCUGUGUCAGGCUGUGAGGUCGUAACCCGGGUGGCUGUACGUCCCCUCAUACUUCUGAUUUAUCCACAGUUUUUAAUGAACAUGACAGACAGCGGGCUGUGCACGUGUCAGGGUACUCUCUGCCAAAGCAAUACAGACUGAAUAUGAACUGAACUGAAACUGGCAAUGAGCUGAAUCACUGAUGAAGACGCUCCUCCUCCUCCUCACCCCAGACUGAUCUGAUUUGUGUGAAUACUGUGUGUGUGCG